GGAAACCUCCUUCGCCAUUUGGGUCCCUGGCGGUCGGGUGCUCACCUGGGGUGAUGCCUGCUGCGGCGGCGCCGUGCCGCCGGAGCUCCAGGCGCGGCUGCGACGGGUGCAGCAGAUCGAAGCCUCCUUUGGGGCCUAUGCGGCGAUCCUGGUGGAUGGGACCGUGGUGACUUGGGGACUUGCGGAGUGUGGGGGCACCAGCGACGCGGUGCAGGCGCAGCUCUACGACGUGACGCUGGUGCGCGCCUGCGACCGGAGCUUCGCGGCGCUGCGACGCGAUGGACGGGCGGUGACCUGGGGCUACGAGCCCAACCCCUUCGAGAGUGCCGUCUCCAAAGUCCAAGACCGCCUGGUGGAAGUGGCGCAGCUUGCGGCCUCCAACGGUGGUGCCUUUGCGGCGACGUUGCGCAAUGGUGACGUCGUGACCUGGGGCAGUGCCACAGAUGGAGCAGACAGCAGCAUGGUGCAAGGCCAGCUGAAGAAUGUGCGGCAAAUCAUUUCCUCCGCACGCGCCUUCGCAGCGAUUCUGGAGGAUCGUUCUGUGGUGACCUGGGGCGAUCCCGAGAACGGGGGCGACUGCAGUGCAGUUCGAGAUCGCUUGAAGAGUGUGGUGCACAUUCAUUCCACCUAUGGGGCCUUUGCUGCCAUCCUUGAUGGCGGAACGGUGGUGACCUGGGGCUAUCCCAGUGACGGGGGCGAUUCCAGUGAUGUUGUCGAGCAGCUCCACAGCGUCCAGCAGCUCGCCUCCACCGCAUCUGCCUUCGCUGCCACCCGAGCCGAUGGAUCGGUGGUGACCUGGGGCCAUCCGGAGCGCGGGGGCGACAGCAGCAGGGUGCAGGAGCGCUUGAAGGAGGUGCAGCAGAUCGAAGGAUCCAGAAUGGGCUUUGCGGCCAUCCUUUCCGACGGCGCGCUGGUGACCUGGGGGACGCACGGCGGUGCUUUGGGCGGCGAAGCUCCGGAGCUGCAUGACGUGCAGAGCAUCAAGGCUUCAGGAGAGGCCUUUGCCGCGUUGCAAGGGGAUGGCACCAUCGUUGCUUGGGGAUCACCCCACUUUGUGACUGACUGCAGUGGCAUUCAGGAGGAGCUCAAGACGCUGUGACGAUCUGUGACGCAUGCGGCGCUCCAAAAAGGUCGCUGUGCGACAGGUCAUGCAGGUUCUGCAGGUCAUGC